AUGUACAUUAUCCCUGAAUGCUGCAUAUGUAGGCUCAGCUUAAAAAAUAAUCUGUGUGUAGAAAAAAACUGCGGAAAUGUAUUCCACUAUAGUUGUAUGAAGCAAUGGAUAGGUGUCCAAAAAUCCUGUCCCCUCUGCAAAAGCACGUGCUGCAAAAAGAAUCUGCUAUUUAUACACUAUGAAAUUAACGAGGAAAAUAAAAUGCCCAUUAUGGACGAAAGCUACAUGAACAAAAAUAAAAAUGAGCUGUAUGAAGAUUUAGUUAAGUUCGAAGCGGAAUUGAUCAAAACACAAAAUGAAAAUGAAAAAUAUUCCUUUGAAAUUUUAACCUUAACAAAUAAGAAUAAAAUUUUAAGUGACACUAUCAACCAAAAUAACAUCAAAAUUGAUCAGGAGAAAAAUGAAAAAUUAAAACUGAAGGAAUUGAAGGAUGAAUAUUUGAAGGAAAAAAUAUUGCUCUCUACAAAAAUACAGGAAUAUGACAAGGAAUUGAAAAAAUACAAAAUUAUCGAAAAAUAUUUAAAUGAUUUAAACAAAGAAGACUUAAAUAAAAUUAAUUUACUCUUUGGAUUUAACGUAUUAACAAUAGAGGAACAGCAAAAUGUGAUUUUAAAUUAUCUCAAAAAUAGCCUCAGCACCCAGAAGAAAAGCGAGUUAAUUGUGAAGCAGCUUAAAGAAGAUAUCACACAGAAAGAUGAUCAAAUACAAAACUUGAAGGAGAAGCUGUACACGUACAAACUCCAACAUGACAUUGCGGAGGAAGACAAUUUAGACAGGCAGCCAAUGAAUGAGCGGGGGGAAAACGACAUGCAGACGAUUAAAAUUAAAAGUAAAGUCAUUCGGAGGGUCAAAACGUUGGACUCCGGCAUGAAAGUGGAUGUGAGACGGCCAGGCCCAGCUCCGUACAGUAAAUCCAAGACGAGCGGCACCAACGUGGUGGGCAGCAACGAGCAGAGUGGCAGCCAGGUGUGGAGCAAUCCGUUAAGCGGUGGGCAGUUGGGCAGCGGGCAGUUGAGUGGCGGCCCCCGAAACAACAGCCAAGACUUCUUAAACUUCAUCGACAAAAAAAUCAACAACACCCCUGAGCACAUCAAUGUCACCCCCAGGAAGAGGAAGUUUCACUCAAUCGAAAUUGACCUCUUUAGGAACAAGUCCGUGGACAAAUUUUUUAGCGACCUCGCUGAAAAGAACAAUUCUGGUGAAUGCAAGGACCUGGAUGAGGUGUACUCCAUUCCAACUGACUCGGGGAACACCAAGAGUUCGCAGAGCAGCUUCAAGCCGCCCACAGGAGCUUCCGCCUCGCUCAAGCAAAGCUCUGUGUUCGAAGUUAAAUACGCCGGGUGGUGUCCCCACUUUGACAGCUACACACCUUCGUAG